AUGAGGAGCCACCAUACUAUCCCGCUUGCCCUCCUUCUCUCUGCCAUCGUUUCCAAUGCUUUGAGGAUCCCCGUGACAGGCGUGCGGAAGACGUCUUCGGACCCGCUGCGCAGGAGGAGCCAGAGUGUUUCCGUUUCGCGUCCCGUUGCCGCUGCUGCGAACAGCCCGGAUGCUAGUGAUGCACUGAAUCUGACCACCAUUCGCGACUUGUUAUAUUUGGCCAACAUCACUAUAGGUAGCAUUGCAUAUCCCGUUCAAUUGGAUACUGGAUCGUCAGAUCUGUGGGUCCAUGCUUCUUCAAGUCCUGUACCCGGCGCAACCCCAACGACAACUCCGUACAAUUUGACUUAUGACAUUGGCUGGGCGUCCGGCUAUAUCUCGUAUGCUGCGGUGGAGUUCGCCGGGCUCUCCGUUUCUUCCCAAGCCUUCCUCGAUGCUUCAGAAGCGUCAAACCCUGCUCUUUCCUAUAAUGCCGAUGGUAUUUUGGGACUAGGCUUCGACUCGCUCUCAAGUAUAGACGCCAUGGUAAAUCGCUCUGACGCGUCCACAGGCCGCACAUUCCUGUACAACGCGUUCGCCAAGUCUCCGAGCGAACCCAACUUUAUGGCGUUCUCGUUGCAGAGCGUGGAGGACGCCGACGACGAGAUCCAGGGAACAUUCUCGAUAGGGGAGUAUGAACCGCAAUAUGCUGCUGUGCAGAACAGCAGUACAAUCUCUACAUGGCCUGUGAGCUCCCCCAGUCGAUGGAACGUGCUGCUGGAUGCGCUGCUCGUUGGUUCGAACACCGUCUCACUAUCUAGCAGCGUAUCGGACGUACCUUCGGGCAAGGCCGUCAUCAUGCUUGACAGCGGUACAUCGUACACGUAUGCUCCAACCGCCGUCGUUGACGCGAUCUACGGCGGUAUCUCUGGUGCGCAGUACGACUUAUCUGUUGGGCAAUGGAUCGUCCCCUGCACCGAGGAGGUCGACAUUGCCCUCCAGUUCGGCGACAGUGUUUAUCCUAUCAAUCCCUUGGAUAUUACCCCCAUUAGCAUGUCGGGCUCCUCGACUUGUGUGGGCACUAUCAUCAACGAGACCAUCGCCGUUGGUAACGAUGCAUUUGACUGGCUUAUCGGCGUCAAUUUACUGCGUUCGUUCUACUCCGUCUAUGACUUUGGCGACUACGAUUCCUCGGGAAAGAUGGGCGACCCCUACAUCAAGCUCCUGCCACUGAUCAACCCGGACCAGGCAUCCAUUGACUUCCACCAGGCAAGGGGCGGCUCGCCCGUGAAUGUCACCUACAACGCUGCGAACAGCUCGAGCUCCGACUUGUCCGGCGGCUCGACCUCCGUGACGCUCUCGAACGAGCUCGUAGACACACUCAACAAAGUCGGGAAAUACCUGCCCGCCGUCCUCGCCAUCAUGGCGCUCAAUGCGCUCAUACUGCUGUUACUCAUCGUGGCCGCUCUCAUAUACAUGUACACGCGGCGCAACAGGGGCGCGAAGGCGCGCAAGACGCGGGGCAGAUUGAGCCCGAUGCCCAUGAACCCCACCUCGACAUUCGGUGUCCCGACGCGCACCGAGUCGCAUAUAUACCAGCCCGUCUCAAUGGCUCUUACUGACGACACAUUUGUACCUCCGUCACCCGCCUUCUCGAAACCAGGGUUUUACAGCGAUAUGCGAGGCGCGAUGGGGGAGAGACCGAAGUCGGUCGCGUAG